AUGAGGCGCGGCGAUCGCGAAAUGAAGAAGUUCACCAUCAAGGGGGUGCUGGACAAUUUCCGGAACAGCGUUGCGCAGCCGCAGAGUGCGUCUAGUAGGUUGUGCGACCAGGAGGUGCAGGAGACGCUCAAGCCGGACCAUUUUCAAGUCAAGAGGCUCAUACGCGAGCAUUCUUUUUUGAGAGAAAAUGGAAUCCUCACAGAUUGA